AUGACUGAUAUGCCAACAAUACAAAGAGUAUCUCCAUCCUAUGUGACUAAAGCACUAGUAUCCAAACCAUAUGGUACAUAUGUUAUUCGAUAUCAAACAACAAAUGAUGAAAUUAUUUCAGCAAUACAAAUUAAUAAUUCAUCAACAGCAUCUACUCCUAAGAUUCGUUAUGUUGUACUAUCAGUACGUGUUGAUGAAACACUAUACAAAUGUCCAAUAAUGAAUUAUCGUUUACCACUUACGCAAGACAAUCAUGCUAAUUUAUUACAACAAUAUAAAUCUCAACAUAGUAAACGAGAUAAAUUAACAAAAUUAACCAAUGAAUUAAUUCUUAAAUCAGAAAAUCGAACAUGGCUUUUAGAUUCAAAAGAAUUUCAUGAUAUAGAUUUUAAAGAAAGUGGAUUCGGUGGUAAAAAUAAUAGUGGUACAUCGAAAGCUAUUUGGCAACGACGAAAAAUAGAUAAUAUCAAUAUAUUUAUUAAACGUAUUAGAAAACCUAAUGAUCAUUUCGAUAAUGAAUUACAUAUACUUAAAGAACUUAAUUUCUUUUCUACGAUUACACUCUAUGGUUAUUAUUCUGAUCCAACAUAUAAUUAUUUAGUAUUAUCAAAUGGUGGGAAAUCACUUAAAUCAAUUUGUCCAAUAAUAGGUAAAACAAUAAGAUCACGAAUGUCUCGUAUUGCGAAUAUUGGCUUUCAAAUAGCUAAUGCAAUGGUUUAUCUUGAUAAAAAAAAUAUUGUUCAUCGAGAUCUCACAGCAAGUAAUGUACUUAUUGAUUCCUAUGGAUUUAUUCGAAUUGCUGAUUUUGGUCAUGCAAUUCAGAGAAAAGAAGGAGAAAAUCAUCUCACAUCAACAUAUACAAAAGAUGGUCAAUGGAAAUUUCAAAGUCGUUUUCUUGCUCCUGAAUGUAUAUCAAAACGAUCACAAACUUCAUAUAAUCAAUAUUCAAAUCUUGAUUAUGCUAGUUUUUCAUCGAAAAGUGAUGUAUGGGCAUUUGGUCUAUUAUUAAUUCAACUUAUGCUCAAAGCACCUUCAAUACCAUAUCCUGAUUUAAAACACAAUGAUGAUGUACUACAUUAUAUUUUAGUCGAUCGUAAAAUGCAUCCAAAACCUGAUGAUUGUGAUUAUGAUUUGUAUUGUAUACUUCAAUUAUGUUGGGCGUAUGAACCUAUAUCUCGUAUUUCAUUUAAUGAACUACGAGAUAAAAUGAGAAAACUAGUGGUAAUUUUCAGCUGA